AUGCACAAGGCAGGACUUCUACGUCAAUGGCUACAAGGUGGAGAGCCGGAAGAUCAACCGGAUCUCGAACAACGGCAACUCAACCCCACCGACCGCGAGCUCAACGACGGGAUACCCUGCCGGAUGGACCCCAUGGUUGCACCCCUGGCCCACAUGUUCUGCGAAUCCAGCGACCUGGAGGUGCUCAAGGCCAACUGCGACCUGAACCCCUUCUACACCGUCAACCUGCAGAGCCUGUGCAACUACUACAGGUUCGAUUACGCGAGGAGGAGCGUAGACACCAUCGCCACCCUGGUGAACGACGUGCUCUUCACCUACUUCAAGGGCUGGUACGCCUACGAGCUCCAGCCCGGGGUGGCCAGCUACUUCUACCCGCACACGACCCUCCUCCUCAGCGCCGACGCCCUCUUUCCCGAGAGCAGUCUACACUGCCCUCACGGAUGCAAAGGCCAUCGUCGCGGAGGCCAUGAGAUACCCAGGGCAUCCCGAAUUGCUCCACCUCUCCUACGUCCACCUGCGCAAGCUGCAGGACCUCUACCUCACAUACUGCAGGGCGUGAGGCGCACCGAGCAGUACGACAAACAAGACGGAGUGUUCUGCGCAUCCGACUAUGCCGACGCCCUGUCCAAGUGCCCGCUGAGGCCCUUGGCUACACCCACAAGCAACCUCUGCAAGCCGGGGAUAAGGACCCGCCCCGCAUACCCCGUCCCUUACACCGGCAUGUUCAGGACCAACCCGAACAAGGUCGUGGAGCUCAGGAUCCUUGGGGACAACGCCACCUACAACCCCCUCACUUCCCCAAGUGCAUGCCGUUGGACUACCCGAGGGCUGCAAGCACCGCCCCUCCCUCUCCGGUGUGGACCCCUGCGCCAGGAAGACCAUGGACCGAGGCGAUGA